CAGCGCCAAAAGAGAAGAGAAAGGCAGAAAGCUCAACACCUUCACGUGCCUUUCCUCGAUCGUCUACAAUCAGUCAAUCACAGCGCCGCUACCUUUCCUCAACUCCACUCCAACCCGCGACUGAAAUCACCGCCAGCCCGACCGAUCUCCGGCCCGGGGGCAGGGAGGGAGGAAAUGCCGACCAAGAGGAGCGUGGGCACCCUGGGCGACAAGGACCUCAGCGGGAAGAAGGUGCUCCUCCGCGCCGACCUCAACGUGCCGCUGGACGACGGCCAGAGGAUCGCCGACGACAACCGCAUCCGCGCCUCCGUGCCCACCAUCAAGUUCCUCAUGGGGAAGGGCGCCAGGGUCGUCCUGGCCAGCCAUCUGGGCCGUCCAAAAGGGGUCACCCCGAAGUACAGCUUGAAGCCUCUUGUUCCCCGCCUGUCUGAGCUUCUUGGAGUCGAUGUUGUGAUGGCCAAUGACUGCAUCGGUGAGGAAGUUGAGAAAUUAGCUGCUGCUUUACCAGAUGGAGGUGUCCUACUUCUAGAGAAUGUGAGAUUCUACAAGGAGGAAGAGAAGAAUGACCCUGAGUUCGCCAAGAAACUAGCAUCCGUUGCUGAUCUGUAUGUAAAUGAUGCCUUUGGCACUGCACAUAGAGCACAUGCUUCAACAGAGGGAGUUACCAAGUAUUUGAGGCCUGCUGUCGCUGGCUUUCUUAUGCAGAAGGAACUUGACUAUCUUAUUGGAGCAGUUGCCAACCCGAAAAAGCCAUUUGCUGCAAUUGUUGGUGGAUCCAAAGUGUCAACCAAGAUUGGGGUGAUCGAGUCUCUUUUGGCGAAGGUUGACAUCCUCAUCCUUGGUGGCGGUAUGAUUUACACAUUUUACAAGGCACAGGGGCAUGCUGUUGGAAAAUCUCUUGUGGAGGAAGACAAGCUUGGACUGGCAAACUUGCUUAUUGAGAAGGCCAAGUCGAAGGGAGUCUCUCUUUUGCUUCCCACUGAUAUUGUGGUGGCUGAUAAUUUUGCUGCAGAUGCUGAGAGCAAGAUUGUUCCUGCCUCUGCUAUUCCUGAUGGUUGGAUGGGUCUUGACGUCGGCCCGGAUUCUAUCAAGAAAUUCAGUGAAACUUUGGACACUACCAAGACUGUCAUCUGGAAUGGGCCGAUGGGAGUUUUUGAAUUUGAGAAGUUCGCAGCUGGCACUGAUGCGAUCGCGAAAAAGUUGGCUGAUAUCACAGCAAAAGGCGUGACAACCAUCAUCGGCGGUGGCGACUCUGUUGCUGCCGUCGAGAAGGCAGGGUUGGUGAGUAAGAUGAGCCACAUUUCAACCGGGGGUGGCGCAAGCCUGGAGCUGUUGGAAGGCAAGACCCUCCCAGGCGUCCUUGCUCUCGACGACGCGUAGGCUGGUGGCAAGACGUGUUUACCCGGCGUUGCGCCACUCUGUUGUUCAUGCCCUUGGUGUGCAGAUGCGAGUGUAUCCUGAAAUAGAAGUAGUGGUUUCUUUGAAGGUUUUGUGAGACGAGCAGUAGUAAAUAAGCUUGACUUCCGUCGCAAUGGGAGCAGAGUAUCUGGCACAAGCAAACCAUUAUUGGUCGAUGUAACACUAUAAACUUCUGUAAAUUGCAUGGCUUGAGCUGUGUCUGUUUUGAGUUC